AUGGCGACCGAGCCGCCGCUCGAUUCAAACGGCGACGAUGGAGAGAAAGGAUUGGAUGUUGGUGGAAGGGGUCUGGUGUCAGAUUCGGGGGAGUCAGAAGGUGGGGGAAUCAAAGUUACGGAGGUAUCGGUGGAGAGGAGUCGGAUUGAGAUUGAGGAAACACACGCUGGGGUUGAUGGAAAAUCUUCUGGGCUUGUCAAUGGGGUGAAUUUGUCGGUCACUUUCUCACAUUACCGGAUUCUAGAUGGGAAAGAAGAGAUGGUAACCAGGGAAGGAGUUACCGAUAAGGACAUUGAGAUACCUGUGGAGAUCUUUGAGGAUGUGGAGCCUUUGUGGAAGAGUUUCGUUGUAGGCUACUUCAUAGGGGACUCGCCUUCCAUUGGCUCCAUACACUCUACUGUGAACAGAAUAUGGAGCUCCCCAAAGUCCAAGAUUGAUGUCCAAUUCAUAAGCAAGAGGACUGUGUUGUUUCGAAUUGAAGAUGAGCAAAUGAGGAAGAGAGUCUUGAGAAGGAAGUAUUGGCAUAUUGGUGAUGUUCCUUUGGUGGUAUGUGAAUGGAACCCGGAAACAGCGCAGAACCCCCCUGAUUUGUCAGCGAUGCCUUUAUGGGUUGAUCUGGUAAACGUUUCGGGCUAUUUAUAUUCGCUGGAGGAGCUUAGAUUUCUGUCUCGUACCGCUGGCAACUUUGUCAAGCUCCAUCCCAACACUGAGAAAUGUGUGUGCAUGGAUGUGGCAAGGGUGCUUGUAGAAGUGAACUUGAUGAAGCUGCUGCCCCAAAAGAUCAGUUUCAAGGAUAAAGAUCAGUGCAGUGUUACAGUGAAGGUGUUCUAUCCUUGGCUUCCACCUCGCUGUUCUUCAUGUGAGGGUUGGGGGCACACAGAGAAGGAGUGUACGAAAAUGCAACCCAAGAAUCUGGAGAAGAAGUCUGAAGCUACAGGGUCGGACAAGGAAGUGGUCUUGAAGCUGUUAAGUGAUUUAGAACAUGUUGAUGCAAUUGUGGUAGAUGUUAACAUAGAAGAGGGUCCAAAGACUGGUGGUGGAGAAGUAUUGCAGACUCGGAAAUAUGGUGAGUGGACGCAGAAUGGUAACCCUGGCUCACUGAGAGAAAAUCUCCAAUCUAAGAACGAGUGUAGAGUUGUAUCACCUAAUGGCUUUCAGGUCUUAAGUGACAUCAGAGAAGAGAGUGAGAUAGAUGAAGAAGAGGAGGAGAAUGGUACCAUGAGAAAUGAUGGGGUUAAUCUACAGGAAGUUGGAGGUAAUAAAGAGGAACGAGGGAAUGCAAGUGUAUCCCAAGAGAGGGAGCUGCAAACGAGCCAUGUCAGUAACCAGAAAGGUAGAGGAAAGGGAGCCGUACAAAUGGAGAAUUUUCAGAGGGUAUUUGAUGCUACUUUUCCUGGUUGGAACUGUAUUCAUAAUUAUGAUCAUCAUCCUCUAGGAAGAAUUUGGGUUUGCUGGUCCGACGAUGUAGAGAUGGUUCCUGCUUCUUCAAGCGAUUUCUAUGUGAUCCGCUCAACAACUAAGCACUCUCAGGGUAUUAGUGAGACAUGCACAAUGAGAGAUUUUCAGGAUGCGAUUGGUAGAUGUGCUGUGGAUGACCUAGCACAGGUGGGCUCACUCUACACAUGGACGAACCGACGAUCUGAGAGCCCUAUCAGUAAAAAACUGGAUAGAGUUUUGGUUAAUAACCAAUGGCUUACGACAUUUCCCGUUUCUUUCGGUACCUUUGAAGCAGGUGGUGUGUCUGAUCAUCUGAGGGUGUGGAUGCAACUUCGGCCAUCUGAGACAGCUAACCGGAAGCCUUUCAAGUUCUUCAAUCAUGUGACGAGUCACCCACGGUUCCUUGAAGUCGUGGAUAAUGUCUGGAAUUCUCAGGCGCCACUAUACCAUUCCAGAUCAGCUCUGAAACUAUUUUAUAGCAAACUAAAGAGCCUGAAGGGUGAUCUCUGCGGGCUUAACAAGGAUUUGUUUGGUGACUUGCCUUCAAGAGUGAAGCUUACCUAUGAGGACCUAUGUCUAAAACAAGCUGUAGCCACGGAUCUCCCAACGACAGCAGCGUUUGAAGAUGUCUCAGCAGCAUGGGGGCACCGACAUCAUAUUUCAGGCAUUGAAGAACAAUUUUAUUUCCAAAAGUCUAAGAUUAAAUGGUUGGGGCUGGGUGACCGUAACAAUUGUUUCUAUCAUAAUGUUUGUAAAGCAAGGAACUCAAAGAAUGCUAUCAGACGUAUUGUCACUGAAGAUGGAAGAGUACUCACAGAUUUGAAGGAGAUUAAGUCAGAGGCAGCGCGACAUUUUGACAAAUUUCUCAACAGUCAGCCGAGUAACUUUGAGGAGAUUCCGAUUGAGAACCUUCAGGAGGUGGUGGAGUAUCGGUGUCCUCAGGAUGUAGCAGCGGGUUUGACUAAUGCCAAGAAGCACCAACGCCACGCUUUAUCCUUGAUUCCCAAGUCAGCAGCGGCGGAGAGAAUGUCUGAUUUUUGGCCCAUUGCGUGUUGCAACGUUGUUUAUAAAGUGAUUUCCAAAAUCAUUGCAAGGCGGCUGAAAGCAACACUCCCUUCUGCUAUUGAGCUGAACCAGUGUGCAUUCGUCAAGGGUCGUCUCCUUCUCGAAAACGUUUUGUUAGCAAUAGAACUAGUGAAAGAUUACCACAAGCCAGACAUCUCAUCACGUUCUGCAGUCAAGCUGGAUAUUUCUAAGGCUUUUGACACAGUCCAAUGGAGUUUCAUUGAAGCUGUUCUUCGCACAUUGGGAUAUCCUGAUCUAUUCAUUACUUGGAUCAUCCGAUGCGUGGACACUGCUGCCUUUUUUGUCUCGGUGAAUGGCGAGUUGGAAGGGUUUUUCUCUAGUGCACGGGGGAUCAGGAUGCUGAACUCUGCGGUUCUAAAUAGACGUAUUGGGUAUCAUCAGCUAUGCUCGUCCCUAAAGCUUACUCAUCUUAGCUUCGCUGACGACAUCAUGGUAUUCACCAAUGGUUCCCCCGCUUCAUUGGAAGGUGUACUAGAAGUGUUUGAUGAGUAUGCUCGGAUCUCAGGAGUCAGCAUCAACAUAUCAAAAUCGACGGUCUUUGCUGCAGGGAGGGACAAGCAGAGACUUGAAUAUAAGGCAGUAACAGCGGGGUUCACUGUCUCUGGAUUACCAAUCAAAUAUCUUGGCCUUCCGCUCACGACUAAAUCUAUGUCAAGGCAUGAUUACGAGCCUUUACUAGCCAAAAUCAAAGCUAGAUUUCAGAUCUGGACUAGUAAGUCACUCUCCUUUGCAGGUAGACUCUUGUUGAUUAAAUAUGUCAUUGCUAGCACAACAAAUUUCUGGUGCUCUGCGUUUUGUGUACUGCAAGCAUGUAUGGACGAAAUCGACAGUAUGAGCUCUGCGUUUCUUUGGAGUGGUUCUCCAAAUGACACUUCGAAGGCAAAAGUGGCAUGGAAGGAGGUCUGUAAUCCAAUGCAAGAGGGAGGCUUGGGCAUCAGGAGUCUAACGGAGGUAGCUAAGGUUUUUUCCCUUAGACUAAUAUGGCGCAUCUUCAGUGAACCGCAAUCUCUUUGGGUUGACUGGGUGAGACAGUUUUUACUUCGAAGAGAGUCCUUUUGGGACGUGAGAGACACCGGUUUGGGUUCAUGGGUCUGGCUUAAGCUUUUGAAGAUGAGAACCUUAGCGAAGCAGUUCUUGCGCAUAGAGAUUCAUAAUGGACAGACUACUAGAUUCUGGACAGACAUAUGGCACCCUAGUGGUCGUUUGAUUGAAGUUGCAGGCGAAUCCGGAACGCAGCAACUUGGUAUCACUAGAUCAGCUCUCGUUUGUGAGGUACGAACAGAGGCAGGAUGGGCUUUCCGUAGAACUCGUGACAGACAACUCAGAGAGAUUAUCAACUCGAUUGAAACUCAUUAA